AGAUAGCAAAGAAACAAUGGCGUCCCAGGCCCUUGAGUGCCACCAUGCGGGUGCAGAGGUCUUCACCGGAGACGCGACAUGCAGGAAGAUGUCUGUGAAGCUGCUGGAGGAGCUCGGCCUCCCCAUGGGCCUCCUUCCACUGGAGGACAUCCAGGAGUUCGGGUACAACCGUGACUCGGGCUUCCUUCGCCUGGUGCAGGCAAAGAAUAUUGAGCACACCUUCAAGAAAAUCAUGCAGAAGGUGUCGUACGACGCCGAGGUCACGGCAUUCGUCGAUAAUGGCAAGCUGAGGAAUAUCACUGGCAUCAAGACCAACGCAAUGAUGCUCUGGAUUAGCAUCAAUGAGGUUUACGUCCCAGAGGCCUCACCAGAGAAGGUCACCUUCAAGUCCAGCAACGGCCUCUCCAGGACCUUCAAUGCCAGCCUUUGCUCUUGGGGAAUGAGGGAUCACCAAAUGAGACAGAAAAUUAUGGGCACGUCAAAUUCUCAGCCGGUUUAA